AAAACCUCUCUUAAAAGAAAAAUAAUGGGAAACACCAAAUUACCUUAUUUUAUGCUAAGCCUCUUAAUAUUAUUGCAUGGUGCAAAAGCAGAACAAUGUGGUAAACAAGCAAAUGGAGCAUUAUGCCCAAACAGUUUAUGUUGUAGCCAAUUUGGUUGGUGUGGUACCACAGACCCUUAUUGUUUAGCUGGUUGCCAAAGCCAAUGCAAAGGUUCAACACCAACACCUUCAACUCCGACACCAACACCUAGUGGUGGUGGCAGCGGCGGCGAUGUUGCAAACAUAAUUACUUCUUCCAUGUUUGAUCAAAUGCUUAAGUACCGGAAUGAUCCAAGGUGUAAGGGGAAUGGAUUCUACUCCUAUGAUGCCUUCAUUACCGCCGCUCGCUCUUUCGGUGGUUUUGGCACCACCGGUGAUGAUGCCACCCGCAAGAGGGAGAUUGCUGCUUUCUUGGCUCAGACUUCUCAUGAAACCACAGGAGGGUGGUCAAGUGCACCUGAUGGGCCAUAUGCGUGGGGUUAUUGCUUUCUCAGUGAAAUUGGCGCCACAGCAGAUUACUGUGUUGCCUCCCAACAGUGGCCUUGCUCUCCCGGUAAAAAAUAUUAUGGCAGAGGACCAAUCCAAAUCUCUUACAAUUACAACUAUGGUCCAGCCGGUAAAACUAUAGGAAUUGAUCUAUUGAACAAUCCUGAUCUUGUAACUACAAAUCCAACUGUGUCAUUCAAAACAGCCAUAUGGUUUUGGAUGACACCACAAGGAAAUAAGCCAUCAAGUCACGAUGUCAUCACCGGAAGGUGGACGCCGUCUAAUGCUGACAGGUCGGCCGGCCGAGUCCCCGGUUAUGGUGUGGUCACUAACAUUAUCAAUGGUGGAAUUGAAUGUGGACACGGGUCGGAUUCUCGGGUCCAAGAUCGGAUCGGUUUCUAUCAAAGGUAUUGCCAAAUGUUGGGAGUGAGCCCUGGAGACAACUUGGAUUGUGGCAACCAAAAGUCAUUUGCUUAGGCAAAUUACUUGCUCAUGAUUUUCAAUAAGGAGUAUGUUGUAAUAAGGGGAUUAUUAUAGUGAUCCUAAGUGUAACAACAAUGCAAGUUUCUUGCUAAAGAAGAAAUAAAUUGAUGGUUA